AUGUCUAUGUUUUUAUCAAGUGUCAAAAAUUUUGUUCAAUCACCAACUGAAUUAAAAGUCAAACAAGCCACGGAUGAAGAUGAAAAUUUUGGUGCAACAGCUACGCUCAUGAAUGAAAUCUCAGUUUUAACAUAUAGUUCUAAGACUUUAAAGGAGAUCAUUCCUAUCAUUAAGAAGAAAUUAUUAUUGGGCUAUAAUAAGAGAAUCAUUAAUCAUAAGAAUUCUAUUAUGUUAUUAAAGACAUUAACAUUAGUUUCUUAUUUAAUGAAUAAUGGUUCUAAUGAUUUUGUUAGAUGGAUUAAAUCAAAUAUUGAUGUAUUCGUUCAUUUAAAUAAAUUAUCACUAAAUGUUACAGAUAAGAAAAAUGAUGCUGGUAUAGUGACACAAAUCGUUGCUACAUCUAAGGAUAUAACACUUUUAAUCAAUGAUGAUGAUCUGUUAGAGAAACGUAGACGGGAUGUUGUUCAAUUUCGUUCUAGUAUAUCUUCGCCGGGCAGAAAAUCUACAGAUAAUAGUCAUUUAAAAAGCAUUGAAUUAACAAGAAUUGGUUCAGAAAAUAAAUAUAGUAAUAAUGACCCAAAUAAAGUGAACAAUUCUUCGAGUAUUAAUCUUGGUUCUCCACGAAUAUUACAAAGUAGUCCAUUGCAACGAAAUUCACAUAGUUUAGAUUUAAGGAUAAGUAGUAAUCCUCUUCGAAAUACGGGAGAAUAUUCUAGAACAUCAUUAGGGCCUGUACGAGAAGAAGAUACUGGUGAUUCUUCAGCAUUACGUGACCUACGCGGCUUAACGUUUUCUAAUGAGCAUGAUGGAGGGAUCGACAUGGAUGAAUUUAAUAGAUCAAGACAAGAGGCAGUUACUACCAGCGGGACCAGUUUCCGUUCAAGGUUUAAAAACAAUAUACCAUUCGUAUAA